AUGGCCUCAGACCACCAGACCCAAGCGGGCAAAUCUCAGCCCCUCAACCCCAAGAUCAUCAUCUUCGAGCAGGAAAACUUUCAGGGCCACUCACAUGAGCUCAAUGGGCCCUGCCCCAACCUGAAGGAGACCGGCGUGGAGAAGGCAGGCUCUGUCCUGGUACAGGCUGGACCCUGGGUGGGCUACGAGCAAGCCAACUGCAAAGGGGAGCAGUUUGUGUUUGAGAAGGGUGAAUACCCCCGCUGGGACUCAUGGACCAGCAGUCGGAGGACAGACUCCCUCAGCUCCCUGAGGCCCAUCAAAGUGGACAGCCAGGAGCAUAAGAUCAUCCUCUAUGAGAACCCCAACUUCACAGGGAAGAAGAUGGAGGUGAUAGACGAUGAUGUGCCCAGCUUUCACGCCCACGGCUACCAGGAGAAGGUGUCUUCUGUGCGGGUGCAGAGUGGCACGUGGGUCGGCUACCAGUACCCCGGCUACCGCGGGCUGCAGUACCUGCUGGAGAAGGGUGAUUACAAGGACAGCGGCGACUUCGGGGCCCCCCAGCCCCAGGUGCAGUCCGUGCGCCGCAUCCGUGACAUGCAGUGGCACCAGCGAGGCACCUUCCACCCCUCCAACUAG